AUGCGAUCGCAAUACGACGACAAAAAGUUCCGCGCGGACGAGCUGGAUGCUCCGAAGCUGUACAAGCGAGUCGUGAAGUUCGCCCGUGACAACGGAGAACAAGUCGAAGUGGAAGCGAUCUACGAGGACUCGAAGAAGGAGGGAUCUCCGUACGGUACCGUCGUCGGAUUCCACGGCUCCCCGGGCUCUCAUCGAGACUUCAAGUACAUCCGACAGAUUCUCAGCGAGAAUCAGAUCCGCUUUAUCGGCCUCAACUACCCGGGGUUCGGAAAGACCGCUGGUGAGUUCAAAAAUGCACACAUCUGUCUGUCCACUUCUAUUCUAAACUUAAGGUUACAAAGAUCAGGCGAACACCAACUCGGAGCGUAAUAACUUUUCCGAGGCUCUGCUGAGUUCUCUCGGAAUCCAGGGGCGCAUAAUCUACAUGGGACACAGUAGAGGGUGCGAGAAUGCUCUGGAGACAGCCACCAAACGAAGUGCUCACGGACUCGUGCUGAUCAAUCCCACGGGAUUUCGGUACCACAAAGGAGUUCGUCCGAUCUAUCGCGCCGAAGCGAUCAACCGUGCUUACGGAGUGCUUCCCAAGUUCAUCGCCGAUCCAAUGAUUGUUGGAUGUGAGUUUGGUUUGUCAAUAAAGCGCACUUACAAAAAUGUUUCAGUGUACAAAACCUUAGGCUUCAAAGUGCGUACUGGGGAAGAGUGUAUCAAUUCCCUGCAAUCCGAUAUCAACAUGUCCCUCGAUAAACAGAAAGACCCGAUUCUGAUCUCCAACCUACAAAAUGUAAUCCCAAGAAUGGAAAUCAACGCAAGUUAAACCAGAGUUCAGAUGAAAAAGCUGAUAAUCUUCGGUGGAAAAGACCCAAUCAUCGAGGAGGCCAUCGUCGAGGAAAUGCUCAAAAAGCACGAGGCACUCAUUUCCUACGUAGGUCACCACCCGCUUGCCCUUCCCAAAAUGUAUUCACCCUUUCAGGACUUCCGCACUCACAUUGGAGAGAACGAGAUCGACCUGGUGAACGGCUCGUUCAGCAACUACCUCGGGGUGUCGGUCUACGUAAAACGCGACAAUCACUAUCAAACCAAGUCGAGAGCCGAUCUGAUCGCCGACGCGUGCCGUCAGAUUCUCGGAAUGGCGCUCGAUCCGUUGCCGGGAGUUCGCAGACUGCCGCCGCCCGGAAGUCUGUUCGGAGAGCCCGACGGCGAUGAGAAUGAAGAAUAA